UUCACUCUGUCCAGCCUGUGCUUCGCUGUCUGUGCUUCCACCAGGAGAAGUUCACAAUGAUGCGUGGAGCAGUGGGUAUCUGGAUCUUAUCAGCAGUGAUCUGCAUGGGGAGGGGCCAUCACCUUAAUCAUGGUCACCAUGAUCACCAUGCCGACGAUAGUCAUGGCAAUGGUCAGGUAGAUCAAGACACUGCAUCCGAUGGCAGUGCCAACAGCCUCCCACUGGUGACUUUAGCAAACAAAGAAUUUGCCUACCGUCUGUACAUGAAAUUAGCAGCUCAUGCUGACUCCGAAGGCAAGAAUAUCUUCUUCUCCCCGUUUAGUGUUUCUGUCGCCUUGGCUGCCUUGUCCACAGGAGCACGGGAGGAGACCCACCGUCAGCUUUUCAGUGGUCUGGGGUUCAACAACACCUUACUGACGCAGACAGAUGUAGAUCAGGCCUUCCAGAUUCUCCUCAAAACGACAAACAACACACCUCCGGAAGACACCAGUGAAGGGACCGCUGUAUUCGUGGACAACAACUUCAAGGCACAUCCCGAGUUCCUGGAGGCCUUGAAGCAGUCCUACUUAGCAGAUGGGUUCAGCGUCAACUUCACCCAAACCACAGAUACUGCCAAUACCAUCAAUAAGUACGUGGAGGAGAAGACCAACGGGAAGAUAGACAAGCUGGUCGAAAACCUGGAUCCAAACACAGUCAUGUAUCUCAUCAGCUACAUCUACUACAAAGGAAUGUGGGCGACUCCAUUUGAUCCCAAACUCACCAAGGAGGACAUCUUCAUGGUGGAUGAGAACACCAAGGUUCCAGUCCAGAUGAUGAAUAUGGAGGAGCAUUUUGAUACCUAUUACGACAGGGCGAUUAACACAUCAGUCCUCCAGCUGCCCUUCAACAGCUCUUACUCCAUGCUGCUGUUGUUACCUGACGACAUGUCAACACUGGAGAAUGCCAUUUGCCCAGCCCACGUCACCAAAUGGUUAAAGUGGAUGACGUCCAGGACACAUGACGUAUAUAUUCCAAAGUUCUCCAUCAAGACUUCCUACACACUGAAUGAUGUGCUGAUUGAAAUGGGAAUGACACACAUGUUUGAUAAUCGUGCAAAUUUAAGUGGCAUUUCAGAUGCGCACAAACUGGCAGUCUCAGAUGUUGUUCACCAAGCUACCCUGGAUGUUGAUGAAGCUGGAGCCACUGCUGCAGCUGCCACAGGCAUUGGCAUCACACUUAUGUCCUUCCGCCAUAUCCCUGUCUUGAAGUUCAAUCGUCCAUUUAUGGUCGUCAUCAUUGAACGCAACACAGAAAAAGUUCUCUUCAUGGGCAAGAUUAUUAACCCAAACAUCUGAUGGAAUAGGCAUUUUGUGUUUUCUCAAGCACAGCUGUUGAGUCUCAAAUAAAAUACUGAGAAAAACCUC